UUUCCUUCGGCGUUUGUCAUCAUCAUCAUCUUAAAACUCACCGUAGCAAAAAAUAUUUCAAUAUUUCAAUAUCCCCUUGUGCUCGUGUACGACAGGACAAGAACAGAAAGCAUACAUCACACGGCAUACAGCAUACAGCACACGGCAUACGGCUGGUUCGGCCCAGCACGCAGCCAGCCAGACCAGCCGCCUUUCGAUUCCGUUUGUCAGAGUUUCGAUCAUCGCCAUCAUCACCAUCAUCACCAUCAUCUACUACUACCCGUUCAGAGCGAAACUAGUUGUGCAGGGAGCCGGUCGCACAGUACAAGGAGGCGCAGUGCCGUGUGUGGAUAGAUAGAUAGAUAUAUUGAUAUUAUAUAUUCUGUUCGCUCAAGUGACACAAGCUCGGCUCGUAGUUGGUUCGUCUUCUUGUAGCUAUAUACAUAUACCCCCUUAAGAGCAGAUCUUUGGAAAGGUGGUCGAUAGCUGCUGGGUUUGGUGUAAUCUAUUAGAUAGAUGGCGGACUGAUAUUGGGGACUGGUAAAAAAGAGCGGAAGUUGGGGGUUGGACUGGGCAUCUGUUUUCAUUUAUUUAAUGUAUGUGUUUCAUUUCGAUAUGCCUGACUCCUGAUUUAGAUUAGUUAUUGUACAGUACAUCCUAUUUGUGUUGCGUUAUUUCUUAUUUAUUGGCUUUUAUUUGUUGCAUGGAAUUUCAAUUAAUCCCACCACCAUCAUAAAUUGCAUGCAAGCAGUACGGAGUAGUUAGUUAUAACUAAUAAGUAACUAGUUAACUAACAAAGCAGGGAACUGGACUGAGCAAAAGAGAACAGAACAGGAUUCCAAUUGCAGCAAGCAAGGAUAUUUCAUUCAUUGAUUGAUUGAUUGUCUGAUUAACUACUCUUCGUAUUGAUUUUCUUGUUCAACAUAUCAAUUUAUAUACUAGCGCUGCGGAAUUCAUG